UUAAGGCUGACUCAUCAAAGUUUGUGUUUCUGUGAUUGAGUGUUUGAGAGAAAAGAGGGUCAUUCCAGUACAAACAGCUUCUGACAUUGUCCAUCUACUGUUCAUUUCUCCAGCUCUAAACAUGCUGAUCCUGCUCUUGCUGCUGCUGACAUUUACUGAUGAUGGCAAGGCUCAACGUGUGUCGGGCUGGAAGACCAACGGUUCAUGUGUGUGUGAGGUAAACUCCAACAUGUGGUCGUUCCCUGCUGUGAAGUACGAGGCUGUGCUGCAGCAGGUUAUGUCCUGUGAAGGAUCUCUGAGCAACCUCCAGGAACAGGUGAGGUUGUCCCAUCAGGUUCUCCCUCAGAUCCAGGUUCUGGUUAAGAAUGUGACGGCCCGGCUGCAGCCUUACCAGUACCUGCACUACCAGGGCCUGUAUUCUGACUUGUCUUUGCGCCUGCUGGGACAGGAGCUCGUUCAGCUGGAAACAGAUGUCAGUGCCAUCCACAGUCAGUUUAACAAUGCCAAAACACAGAAACUCUCCAAAGAGUUGGGUAAAUUGCGUAAAGAUAUUGACAGGAUGACAACUUCAGACACAAUUAACAUCAAGACUGUCAAAGAGAAACUCCGCUACCUGAAGAACACUGCAGAGUCCUGCAAGUCAAUCCCAAAAGACUUCAGAGGCAAGGGCAGGUACUGCCUCAAGGGUCUGGUCACCAACAUCAGCGAGCCUGUCAUGACCAAGGUCAGUCCCCAUGGAAAAAGCUACAUUUCUGGUUCAUGGGGCAAACAGGCCCAGAUGGACAGCGAGGGGCAGAAGACCAGCUACUGGGUUCAACCUCUGAUCAACAGCCACAUCUGGGGAAACACUUUGCGUGUAUACCAAAACUAUGACGACUUCAUGGUCUCUGCCAACCACAAGGACUUUACCUUUGCUCCAUCGCACACCCAUGCCAAUGCUAUCGAGGGUCCCAGCGCUGUCCUAUAUGGUGAAGCACUGUACUAUCACUGUUACCGCUCUGCAGAUGUUUGCCGCUAUGACCUCAAAACCAACAGCGUCAAACGGGUAACACUGCCAGGCACUGGAGUGGGUUUUAACAACAAGUUCCCGUAUUGUUACUAUGACUGUCGUUCCAAUAGCGAUGUGGAUGUGGAAGCAGAUGAGACAGGACUAUGGGCCAUCUAUGCCACCGUUGGUAAUCAUGGUAACCUAGUGGCGACCCAGCUAGUUUGGGACAGUGAAAGUGAGACACUCAAUGUCUCACAUACUUGGGAGACGAGAAUGUUCAAAAAGGCAGUGAGCAAUGCUUUCAUGGUGUGUGGCGUGCUGUAUGCCACUCGUUAUCUGGACGAAUACCAUGAGGAGGUCUUCUACGCCUUUGACACAGCAACAGGCAAUGAGGACAACUCACUAGCACUGCGACUGGAGAAGGUAGCAAAAGGAGUGGCCAGUCUGAGCUACAACCCUACCAACAGACAAAUCUACAUGUACAACGAUGGAUAUCUACUGGCUUUUGAGGGCCACUUCUGAUCUGACUUCGCUUCUUGUCAUGCCACCUGUUUGUGCAUUAAACCAUGGAGCUAUCUUUCUCUGUUUAACUAUCUUCUUUUUCAGAAGGGCGACAGUGUUGAGUGUGGUACUCAAUGAGGCUGCUCUCCUAUCAACAAGAAAGUCAAUUUGUGUGGGAGUAAAGUUUUUUGUUUUUUGAGUUUUUAUGAUAGACACCUGCUGUAAUAGAAUUUUUUUUCCAAAUUCAGUGUUGUCAAUAAUUGAGAAUUCAAAUGUGACUAAGAAGUGAUCUAACAGAGGGUUUCGGGGAAAUAUUAUUAGAUUUUUCAAUUUCUAUUCCAUCUGUAAAAACGAGGUCGAGGGUUUGAUUAAAAAGGGUAAGUGGGUUUAUUUACAUGUUGAAUGAAACCAAUUGAGUCUAAUAAAAGCAUGUUUGCAACAGCCA